UCACCUGUUUUUGUGUUUCAGAUGAUGAAGUUUGCCUGGGACAACUACAAGAGCUUUGCCUGGGGAAAGAACGAGCUACGGCCCCUGACCAGGAAUGGCCACAUUGGGAACAUGUUUGGUGGUCUGAGGGGAGCCUCCAUCGUGGAUUCUCUGGACACGCUGUAUAUAAUGGGAUUAAUGGACGAAUACAAUGACGCAAAGGAGUGGGUGGAGACCAGCCUGGACCUGAACUCGAACGGCGAGGCUUCUCUCUUCGAGGUGAAUAUCCGUUACGUCGGUGGGCUGCUCUCUGCUUACUACCUGACGGGAGAGGAGAUGUUCAAGAGGAAAGUGAUGGUGCUUGGGGAGAAGCUGCUACCGGCCUUCAACACACCAACGGGUAUCCCACGUGGAGUCAUCAACCUGGGCAGUGGCACCAGUUGGAGCUGGGGCUGGGCGUCAGCCGGGAGCAGUAUCCUGGCGGAGUUUGGAACCCUGCACCUGGAGUUCGUCCACCUGUCAGAGCUCUCCAACAAUGGCAUCUACACAGAGAAGGUUAUGAAUAUCCGAAAGCUGUUGAACAAAAUCGAGAAGCCUCACGGUCUCUAUCCUAACUUCUUGAGUCCCGUCAGUGGCAACUGGGUCCAACAUCACGUUUCCAUUGGCGGCCUGGGGGAUAGCUUCUACGAGUAUCUGAUCAAAUCAUAUCUGAUGUCAGACAAGACGGACGAGGAGGCUAAGAAGAUGUACUACAGUGCUCUGGAGGCUAUCGAGGCUAACCUGGUGCAGAAGUCCCCUGGCGGGCUGACCUACAUGGCGGAGUGGAGGGGGGGCAUCCUGGACCACAAGAUGGGCCACCUGGCCUGCUUCUCCGGGGGCAUGGUGGUGAUCGGAGCGGACGACGGAGCUCCAGAGAAGAGACAGCACUACCUGGACCUGGCUGCAGAGAUUACGCACACCUGCCACGAGAGCUAUAGUAGAUCUGCUACGAAAUUAGGGCCCGAAGCAUUCCGAUUCGACGGUGGGGCAGAAGCCACGGCGACCAGACUGAGUGACAGAUACUACAUCCUGCGGCCGGAGGUCAUCGAGAGCUACAUGUACAUGUGGAGGUUGACCCAUGACCCAAAGUACCGGGAGUGGGGCUGGGAGGCAGUGGAGGCUCUGGAGCAACACUGCCGAGUCGAAGCUGGUUUCUCUGGGAUCCGAGACGUGUACGCCCAGACAGUCAGCCACGAUAACAUGCAACAAAGCUUUUUCCUCUCCGAGACACUCAAGUAUCUAUACCUGCUCUUCUCUGACGAUGACCUGCUGCCUCUGGAAGACUGGGUGUUCAACACGGAAGCUCACCCCCUGCCCGUCGUCCGCAAGAGCUGCCUACAGGGGGAGGGAGGGACACACGACAAGACAACCUCGGAGUAGCAGCCUACUGUACAACCACUGCACAACUCACCUGCAUACAGACACAGAGUAACACAUAUUCUUACAUUACAUGCAUACAAACACACACAUAGACACACACAUGACAACAUUACACACAGGUAACAACACCACAACAAAAUGCAGGGCCAACGUCCCUUGGGCCCUGUCAUAGACUUUCAAUUCCUUUCCAGUAAAGGAUCUUGUCGUAUACGCUGUGAUUGUAUAUCCUUGAGCCGGGCCGGGACUACUUCCUGCCGGCAUUACUUUCUGUGGACAAUCAAGACGAACGUGAUUUUCAUGAAAAGAGCACCUUUUUUCUUUCCUUCUUUCCUCUGUGAGGAAACCAAGAGUAUCUUGCAGACCCAAAUGUAAUGGGAGGAGUGCUGUGUUAUGGGCCAUAUUGUGAGAGAGAGAGAGAGAAAACCACUGAGCUUUUUCUUUGAUUCUGUUUUUCACCGCAAUCGAUUAAUGAUUUCACUUGAGCUUGUCAUUGCUUUUUUUUCUGGCUUUUUUCUCUGUCUCUUUGACCAAAGUUGUUCGUUUUUUUGUUCACCCCCUCAUAAUUCCCUAAACAUAUUAUUUUUUUGUGGUGAGAUUUGACCAAUAGUAAGACGACGGACUAAUAUGGAGUGUUGAAUGGUGUUGAAUAUUAAAUGUAUAGACAAUUGUGAAAUGUAAUACUCAAAAUCCACCUUAAAUGAUUGUUUAUUCAGAGUUUCUUUGCAGAAACAGGUUAAAUGAAUAAUAACAGGAAUGGGGGAAAAUUGGAAACUGAAGAGGUUGUUGGAGAGAGAGAGUGUCUUACAUGUCCAGGGACCAUUUUUAUACAGAUUUUCUUUAUAAUUUAUUUUGAGUACAAUACUGGUGACAUAUUUUCAUCAGGCCAAGUCCGUGUUGAAUCCUCCUCACUGCCUUUCAGGGCGUAACUUCACAUUGUGUCAGUCCUGUGACUUUAACACAAGUGUCAGUCCUGUUAUUGUAACACUGUGACACAAGUUACUGUUACUGUAGCACUGUAGAACGGGUGUCAGUCCUGUGACUGUAAGAAGUGUCAGUCCUGUGACCGACAUCGUAACACAAGUGUCAGUCAUAUUACUGCAACACUAUAGAACGAAUGUCAGUCCUGUUACUGUAACACAAGCACUCACAACCACCCAAGAGGCAAUAUCACCACAGCUAGUCCUAGUUGCCUAGUAUGACUGGGCUCAAAUAUGCUUGCCAAAGUUAACAGCCCUCAUCGAGAGCUCCAGCGCUCUCAAAUCCACAGUGGGGAAAGUUAGGCUUGAGGCUAAGCGUUUGCUAAAAUGUACACCGUCGAGGGGAAUGUGAACGGCGCUUUCCUAUUUCAUCCUUAUUCGUAUCAUCACUGCUGUCCAAUACAGUUGUGGAGAGAAUGUGCUGUACAUACCUGGAUGAAUGUAAUGGACCCCUGUAUUAGCUUAUCUUCAGUUUCUUUUGUGAUUUAUUUCACCUAAUUGCAUAAUUAUGUUCAUUUCUUUUUAAUUUGCUUCCCUCAGGUGUUUCUGUAAAAGAAGAAAAAAACGUUUGACUUUAAUUAUAGUUCUGGUUGAUAUUAAUUAUUGUUAUUACUUAUCUUUCAUUGUUGAAUAUUUUCAAAUACUGAUAAAAGACCUGUGCAACUUUGUACAUUUAAAGCAACUUCAUUCGA